CUAGUCUCUUUUCCGGUUAUCGCGGCGUGAGCAGCCAUGAGCAGCAAAGUCUCCCGCGACACGUUGUACGAGGCGGUGCGAGAAGUCCUGCACGGGAACCAGCGAAAGCGCCGGAAGUUUUUGGAAACGGUGGAACUGCAGAUCAGUUUGAAGAACUAUGAUCCUCAGAAGGACAAACGCUUCUCUGGCACCGUCAGGCUUAAGUCCACUCCCCGUCCUAAGUUCUCAGUGUGUGUCCUGGGGGACCAGCAGCACUGUGACGAGGCCAAGGCCGUGGACAUACCCCACAUGGACAUCGAGGCGCUGAAGAAACUGAACAAAAACAAGAAGCUGGUCAAGAAGCUGGGUCAGUGCAGUUUUAUACUGGGGAUGGGGGCGCCAGCGGUUUGCAUGGGAGUGCUUUUUGCCGUUUUAUAUGUGCUAUUUUGAGACUCGUCUCACUCU